AUGAAGGAGCCGGAAUUGGAAAUGACCAUGAACGGAUCGGAACAGGAACCGAGCAUGAAGGAACAGAAACAGGAACCGAAACGGAGAAAAAUUGACUUUUAUUUAAAAAAGUAUCAAUCGUCAAAGCCGCAGUUGUAUUCUGUUAGUAUUUUCCGCAAGAACCAAGAGGGAAUUAUACACAUAACUGAUGCCUUAUAUUAUUUGUACACAGCGCCUUUGUCAGUGUUCUCUUUUACCUUGCUGCACUAUGUGAUUCUCAUUAUAUGCUUCUCUUACUUCAUCAUCGUCGACCUGAAUGAGGAAGCUUCCUUCAAGGAGUACAUAAUCUGGGGCUGGGUCCUCACAAUGUCCUUUGAGGAAACGAGAGAGUGUGUCAAGAUUAUAACGCCUGAUGGGCUCUGGGGUCGAAUAAAAUAUUGGUUUGGAUCACAGUGGAGUCAGUUUGACUGGGUCUUAAAAAUUUGUUUAAUCACGACUAUUGCGAUGAGAUAUAAGCUUUCAGGAAAUGACUUUCAGUAUGUCCGCUUCGUAUACAGCAAAAACACAUAA